AGGAGACUGGAAAUAUCGUUUUUGACACAACGAAGCUUGGGGACACGAUACAACCUAAAACCAUCUUGAUCGAAGGUGACGCCCUGAAGUUACGGCCCUUUGGUGUGGGCGUGUGCUUGACUUCUAUUAAUCUAGCCAUUUAGUUAGCAGUAUUAAGCAGACGGCCGCCUCGUUUCAACUCAUUGACUUCCAUUCUAUUUAGAAGGCCACCGGGAAUCACCUUACUGACUUCUAGUUUACCUAUUGGACCACAUAGAUAUGGCGGCGCCAUUGCCUUCUAGUUUACUUGUUGAGGCCCUCAUCUUGCUUUUUUCGAGAAGAGAAGAUACCGGAUGGGAUAGAGUAGAAAAAGAGUGACUCUUUUGCUACUCUAUCUAGUUCGUUACUUUCUUAUCUUGAAAGUAGCAGGCUGCUGGAAAUCGAAGAAAGGGCGCAACGUCUAACAAGAAACUUCCAAUUUUACGGAUACGGCAGCAAAGGAAAAAAGGAUGCCUACAAGCAGUUUGCUUCGGCGCUGAACACUUUUGCAGCAGGAAACGGUACUGCAGUGUGCCGAGAUUGAUUUCGUAGCGUUUGUCUCUUUUCUCGGAUAGUCGUUCGAUCGCGCAGAGCAACAGUUUCAGAAGAGGCUAGCUAAAAGAAUUCACUUCAGAAGACCACACUAACACUAUGAGUACAUAGCACAAGGAAAAGAAUUGUGAUACUCACGCAUGAAAGACGCCGGACCAUGCUGUCAGAGACGUCCGCGGGCCUUUAACUAACACUAGGGAGACCUCCGCGACCGGUUCGUUGGUCAAUGGGUGCUGCAAAUUGAAUACGGCUCACAGGACUGCUAGCAUUUAAGAAGUAGGCCCGGCUUAGGUCUAACAACACUCAGCAAAGCGCGCAAGCAAUGCCAAUGAAAAUAAGUGGGAAGAAGAACCCUCGCCAGACAGCAGCAUGAUGCGAAGCAAUAUUUAGCAUACUCUGACUUCCCCAAACAAAUUGAAGAAGCAGCGCGCUGGCUGGCUGCUUUCUGGCUGCGUGCUUUCAUCUAAACAGCAAACAUCUUUACAACAGGUGACUGGUCGCUUGUUGCUGCAUGCUUUUCCCCCAAAGAAACACCUCCACGACAGGUUCCUUGCUUUCAUCCAAGCGGCAAACCUCUCCACCUACUUCAAAACAAGAAGCGUGUCCACCAUUCAUGCCAAAUCCUAAAUCCAACAGACAUCUCCGAGACAGAUGGCGAGGGGGGACUCCUGAAGUUGCUGGGCCAGGCGAGGAAGAAGCUGACAGGCGGCAAGUGUCAAGCACAGGAUAUGAAACAGCUUCAAAAUGUGUUUGGGGCUUUCUGGGGUGGCGGAGAGUUUACUGAACAGGCUGUCAAUAGUGGUCUCCAGCCGUUAGCAAAUGAUGUUCUAGUGGAGUAU